GUGAUCGUAUCUGACGACUUCCACCCGCCGCUGGAGAACCAUAUUCCUUGGCGCGAUGUCGCGCUGUUUUUCCGCACUGCGGACUUGCCACGUCUUAUCGCGCACUUGCGCGAGGUCGAUGAUGUGGCUCUUCGCCGGAAUCUGUUGGAGGGCGAGACCCCGCCGGCACAGGCACUGGACUUCGUGGUGCAGGAUUACUGGGGAGACAUCUUCCAGGUGCUUGCAAGCAAGCUGGAGCACUCUCUCCAGGCUCCCAGCAGCAGGGCCAGCGAGCUGGAGACACUUCGCCAGACCGCCCGGAACCUCUACACGGCCUUCCUGGAGUUGA